CCAGAUGGCAGCCGAGGAUUUCUCGGAUACCUUCCAAUUGCCAUGGCGGUUUGCUUGGUCUGGAUGCGCCGGCUUUGGGUGUCUUGGAGAGGAGCAUGUUAUGGGUGUAUCUUGUCGGCGCUUUCAAGCUGGAAUAUCGGGCCGGCGGGGUAGCUCGAGUGACGUUUGGUUGCGUCACUCAAGUUCCAUGUUCCGUGCCGGUUUCUUCCGCUCGAUUUCACGCAGGGCUCACUCUGCGUCCUGCAUUUAGUGUUGGGUUAUAUUAUUUGCCUGUUCACAGCAUUUCCAAGUAGGUGGCAGCAUCCCAAGCCACACACCGUCUUGGCACAACGAGUCGCCACACCCCCUGAGCACAUACUCUACAGCAAAUACUAAGCCAUCUUGGCAAACAUGCCCGGGACCUCCAAGUUUGCGCAUCUCCCCCUAAGCACCAGCGGCCCGCUCGAGUGCGCCCUGGCGGGGACGGCGUUGCUGAACCACCCCUUCUUCAACAAGGGCACCGCCUUCACCAAGGAUGAGCGCCGCGACUUUGACCUAUCGGGCCUGCUGCCACAGAAUGUGCAGUCGCUAGAGCAACAGGUCGAGCGGGCAUAUGCGCAGUACUCGGCGCAGGCUAACGACCUGGCAAAGAACUCUUUCUUGACGUCGCUCAAGGAGCAGAAUGAGGUGCUCUUCUUCCGCCUGCUGCACGAUAACCUGCCUGAGAUGUUUAGCGUCGUCUACACCCCGACUGAGGGCGACGCCAUCCAGGACUACUCGCGCCUGUUCCGCCGGCCCGAGGGCUGCUUCCUCAACGUGCGCGACGCCGGCCGCGUCCGCCACGACCUGGCCCAGUGGGGGCGGGCCCAGGACGUCGACUACAUCGUCGUAUCGGACGGCGAGGAGAUCCUGGGCAUCGGCGACCAGGGCUGCGGCGGCAUCCUCAUCUCGUCGGCCAAGCUCACCCUCGCCACCCUCUGCGGCGGCGUGCACCCGAACCGCACCCUGCCCGUCGUGCUCGACUGCGGCACCGACAACGAGGCCCUGCUGCGCGACCCGCUCUACCUCGGCCUGCGCGAGCGCCGCGUCCGGGGCGAGCCUUACGACGCGCUCGUGGACGAGUUCGUCCGCGCCGCCCGCGACCUGUUCCCGCGCGCCUACAUCCACUUUGAGGACUUUGGCCUCGCCAACGCCCGCCGCAUCCUCGAGCGCUACCGCCCGCGCGUGCCGUGCUUCAACGACGACGUCCAGGGGACGGGCUGCGUCGCGCUCGCGGCCAUCAUGGCGGGGCUGCGCGUGGCGGCGGCGGCGGCCGGUGGCGACGGCGACGGCGAUCGUGGCCAAGGGCGGCUGCUGGCGGGCCUGCGGCUCGUCGUUUUCGGCGGCGGCAGCGCCGGCAUGGGCAUCGCGGACCAGGUGCGCGACGCCGUGGCCGCCGAGCGCGGCGUGUCCAAGGCCGAGGCGGCGCGGCAGAUCUGGGUCGUCGACCGCCCGGGCCUGCUCACGACUGGGGUGCGGACCGACGACGCGCAGCGGGCCUACGCGCGGCCCGAGGACGAGUGGCGCGGCAGGCCGACGGACCUGCUGGGCGUCGUGCGCGAGGUGAAGCCCAACGUGCUGGUCGGCACGUCGACGGUCCCCGGGGCCUUUACGCGCGACUUGGUCGAGGCCAUGGCGCAGGGCGCCGAUCGGCCGGUCAUCAUGCCGCUGUCGAACCCGACGCGGCUGCACGAGGCCGUGCCGGCGGACCUGCUGGCGUGGACGGGCGGCCGGGCGCUCGUCGCGACCGGGUCGCCGUUCGAGCCCGUCAGGGGCCCGUGGGGUGAGGGCGGGGAGGAGGUGGAGGUGGAGGUGGCCGAGUGCAACAAUUCGGUCGUGUUCCCCGGCAUCGGGCUGGGGUGCGUGCUGAGCCGGGCGCGGCUGCUGACGGACCGCAUGCUCGUCGCGGCCGUGCGCGAGCUGGCGGCCCUGAGCCCGGCGCGGGCGGACCCGACGGCGCCGCUGCUGCCGGGCGUCGACGCUGUCCGCGACGUGAGCGUCGCCGUCGCCAAGGGGGUGAUCAGGGAGGCCGUGGACGAGGGCGUCGCGACCGAGGAGGGUAUCCCUGGUGAUGACGGUGAGCUGGACGAGUGGAUCCGCGAGCAGAUGUGGUCGCCUGUCUACCGGCCGCUGCGCCGGGUUGACAUGGGCAGUGCCACGAGGGAGGCUAAGGGGGAGCUGAAGAUUGCGGGCACGUUGGGAAAGUAGACUUUCCCAGGAGGGCAAUUUCAUUUUUAUCCGAACUCUCCUGUCUGCGGACGGCCAAUAACGUUCUUGGUGGCAUGCUCGGCAACGAUUUGCUCAUGGUUUCGGGGUAUAACCGCUGCACCGGCUGACAACUUCGGACCACGGUAUGAACUGUCUCAUGGGAAUUGACGUGAUUGCAAGCGUGACACACGGGAUACAGUUGUGAUUGUUAGUCCAUAUCCGAACACGAUGAUAUCGGCUGUCGUGGCCACCCCCAGUGGAGGUCCCUUGCCCUGAUGCUAUAAUUAAAUUCCGUGCCCUAAAGUUAACCAUG